AUGGAUGCGGUGCUUCGGUGGCCUGCCGCGAUGAAAAAGGGGGGCAAAGGGGGAGGGAAUGGGGAGAGAGUGACGCUCAUCACGGGAUGGGGGGGAAGCAGAGAAGGGGAUGGGGGGAAGCAGGGAGCGGGAUGGGGGGAAGCAGGGAAGGGGAUGGGGGGAAGCAGGGAAGGGGAUGGGGGGAAGCAAGGAGCAGGAUGGGGGGAAGCAGGGAAGGGGAUGGGGGGAAGCAGGGAGCGGGAUGGGGGGAAGCAAAGAAGGGGAUGGGGAGAAGCAGGGAAGGGGAUGGGGGGAAGCAGGGAGGGGUAUGGGGGGAAGCAGGGAGGGGGAUGGGAGGAAGCAGGGAAGGGGAUGGGGGGAAGCAGGGAGCGGGAUGGGGGGAAGCAGGGAAGGGAUGGGGGGGAGCAGGGAAGGGGAUGGGGGGAAGCAGGGAAGGGGAUGGGGGAAGCAGGGAAUGGGAUGGGGGGAAGCAGGGAAGGUGAUGGGGGGAAGCAGGGAAUGGAUGGGGCAGGAGGCAGUAGCUCCUAG